CAGAAAUUAAUGGCCAUGAGUUCGUAUAUGGUGAACUCUAAGUAUGUGGAUCCCAAAUUUCCUCCUUGCGAGGAAUAUUUGCAGAAUAGCUACUUAGGCGAGCAGGGGGCCGAGUACUACAGUGCCUCGCAGGGCGCUGAUUUCCAGCACCAGGGACUCUACCCACGGUCAAACUACAGCGAGCAGCCCUUUAGCUGUAGCAAUGCCCAGGGCUCUGCCGGGCAGCCGCGGGGUCACGGACAGGAGCAAUCCGGCCCGGCGAGCCACUUCCCCGGCCCAGCAGAGCAUUGUCCACCGCCUCCAAUGCCCAACCCGCGAGCCUGCAGCCAGCAGCCGGCCCUCAAACCCCCAAACGGCUCCGCAGUAAAGCAGCCGGCAGUAGUUUAUCCCUGGAUGAAGAAAGUCCAUGUUAACUCGGUGAAUCCCAAUUACAACGGAGGGGAACCUAAACGCUCCCGCACAGCUUACACCAGACAGCAAGUCCUAGAACUGGAAAAAGAAUUUCAUUUUAACAGGUACCUGACCAGGCGCCGCCGUAUCGAGAUAGCCCACACUUUGUGUCUCUCUGAGCGCCAGAUCAAGAUCUGGUUUCAGAACAGAAGAAUGAAGUGGAAAAAAGAUCACAAACUGCCCAACACGAAGGGCAGAUCUUCUUCCUCUGGUUCAAACCCCCAUUUACAAACUGGUUCCAAGGACCAUCAGACUGACUUGACAACUUUGUAG